GAGCUGUCAGUGACCUGAUCUCCUUCACACCUUCACUGACUCUGCUCAGUGUUCUGUGAACAUCACUGAAGCUGCACACUUUAACCUGGACUGAUGCAGCAACAUAUCAGAUAUUGUAAUGAUGGGAGCCUCAUUGUCCACACCGGCUUCUCCUUCAGUCAGAGCUGAGGCCAUGAUGGCCGCCCCUCCUCAGGGCUGCCCCAUGCACCAAGAAGCACAGCCUGCCAAAGCGUCUCCACCUGCAGAGUGUCCCAUGCAUCAAGCUCAGCCUGUGAAAGCGUCACCUCCCGCGGAGUGUCCGAUGCAUCAAGCAGAGGCAGCUCCAGCUCACCAGGAACGGGCCUAUGAGUUUGUGGGGUGUCCCAUGAAGGCUGCAGCAGCGAAUAGUGACAUCGACCCUUCAAACAUGAUGCCUCCUCCUAACCAAGUUCCCGCUCCAGACCAGCCCUUCACACUGUCUGUGUCUAGAGAGGAGUCCACUAUUCCCCGUCACAGCACAGAGAAGAACUGGGUCUACCCAUCUGAGCAGAUGUUCUGGAACGCCAUGCUGCGCAAAGGGUGGCGCUGGCGUGACGAUGACCUUGCUGCUGACGACAUGACCAACAUCAUCAAAAUCCACAACACGAACAACGAGCAGGCCUGGCAGGAGAUCCUGAAGUGGGAGGCCAUGCAUGCUGCAGAAUGUCCAUGCGGGCCGACCUUGAAGAGGUUUGGCGGGAAAGCCAAAGAGUACUCGCCUAGAGCUCGCAUCCGCCACUGGAUGGGCUAUGAGCUGCCUUUCGACCGCCACGACUGGAUCGUUGACCGCUGCGGUAAAGAGGUGCGCUACGUCAUCGACUACUAUGACGGAGAAAUCAACAAAGACACCUACCAGUUCUCCAUCCUGGAUGUACGCCCUGCCUUUGACUCCUUGGGUGCCGUCUGGGACCGCAUGAAGGUGGCCUGGUGGCGCUGGACCUCCUAAAGGACCCUGGCACACACGCACACACAUAUAGGUCACUGUGUGAACUCACACACACACAGACUGUGAAACUGGCGCUCCUUUAUAAGACGUGUGGUGUUGUGAAAAGACUGAUGAAGAAAAAACCUGAGUUUAACAGAACCUUACUCAGUCAGGCCAUGUGAAGCUUCAUCUGCUGUCAGUGAUUUCAGAUUUUCAUUUUAGGUUUGCAGUUCUUUAAAGGAACACUCCAACAAUUUUACAAAUUAUCAGAAAAUGAAAAAAAAAUCCUACUUAACUUGAAAUUUUUAUAACGUCCUUAAGUCUGAGAAGUUACCCCUGAUGACAUCAUUAUGACAUCAUCAGGGUCGUCUCAGUUUAGGCGCAGAGAUGACAAAGUUCUAACAGAAAGCCUGUGAGCCAAACUGAAGGUCCUGAGUUUAACAUGGACGGUCCAGGCAGGGAGGGUUGGGAGAGCAAUGCUUCUGUGUUGCAUUAUGGGAAACAUAGUAGUGAUUAUCUUAGCAUUGUCUUGUGCUCAGAGCUGAAAGUCAGGAUGCCUCAUCCUCUCCUGCUUCCAUCGACCAUUCUGCUUCCUAACGUGAAGGUCCACAUGUCAUCCAGUUCUUCUGACUGUUGCUUCUGCUUAGAUUUCUCUCACAUGGCAGCUUUGAGUCAAGUAAUCAUUCUUUAGGAGGAAACCUUGAGCAGCAAACCUCCAGAAAAGGACGACGUCACAGUAUUUAAGUUUUGAUUAUUUUAUGUUGAUCAUUUGGAGUGAAAAUCCAAAUUUCCUCUAAAGUCUAUAGGAAUUGAGUUGUCGGUGACAUCAGUCGGAUGUCAACAUUUCAGGACUAUCUGCCAUGUUGCAAUGAUUUGGUAGUUGAAAAGAGAAAUGCAUGAAUGAAGUGAUGGUGGAGGGGUGUGACUAAAUGGAGGGUGAUAUGUUUCAAUGAAAUGUGUGUUAACUUCCAGGACUUCCCAGGCUCUGAUUUUAAAUGUUUUUAAGUGACACAUUUUAUUCUGUUGUAAAUUCAGAUGAUGUUUUGCAAAAAGCUGCCUGGUGACUCGCUUACACACACACACACACACACACACACACACACACACACACACUUGUUUUUGGUCCAAACCUGUUUCCUGUCAGUCCCUGCAGUGUGUCAGGAUCCUCCAGGUCAGAGUUUGGUUGUUGUCACUCGGCGACGGCAACGUGACCUGUUGACUAACUCACUUUCACUCGUCUGUCCUCUCUCUGCCUUCUUACUGUGUCUGCUGUCACAUUAUUGAGCACAUUGAUGAGUUUGUGUUUUGCCAGGAAAGCUUGCUUUGACAGGUUACCAUGGUGACGGUGUGGUGGGUUAUGGCAGCGUUAGUGUAGAUUUCAGGAUACAGAGUUCUAUUUUUUUAAAGGGAUGGAUAGGAGCCUCAUUCUAAACCCUCCUUGUUGUGGUCCAUGUACCCGGACUCUUUCAGAUGGCCUUCAGAUGCAUGUUUAAAGGUCAUCUUUCCAGUUCCCAUACUGUAUCACUGUGUUCACACAGCAUACUUCAUAUACUGUAGAACUUUACCAUUUCAUAAUUCAAAGUGGUCAGAGUAACUCAGUUGAUCUGAAGGUCUGUCUGUUAGCUAUCAGAUGGGUUUAGAUCUUGAUGCUUCUGUGGCCAGUGAAAGUGUUCUGUAUCUAAAAAUGGUUUUACUAGUCAACUAAACUAUCAAUAAAGCUGAUUCUCUUCCGCCUCUGAAGAA